CUCAACAGCGCCCGGCCACGACACCCCGCCCUCAGUCGGCACCGGAAGCGGCGCGGCGCGCACCGGAAGAGGCGGGCUCUGCGCGUGGCGGCUGCUGGCGGCGCUGGAAUGACUUCCUUGGUUGACAUACCCUUGGAUUAUGAAAAGAUGUUUGCUCAUCGGUUCACGUCAGAUGACAAAGAGUACCAAGAGUACCUGAAACGCCCUGCAGAUCCUCCUCCCAUAGUUGAAGAAUGGAGAAACAGAUCUGGCGGCAAUCAGAGAAACAGAGAUCGGUUUCAAGAUGGCAGGUAUUUUAGAGGGGACAGAUACAACUGGCAAGGUGACCACAGAUCUAAUCAGAGGCCAGACAGAGGUUGGGGUAACAACUACCAGCAGCACAGACAAGGACAAUCUUAUUACGGACAGUAUGGCUACAACUCCUACAACCCAGGGCCUCGUUACCAUCCCUACUGAUGGUGCCUGUGGUUGGAAAGCCCAGUAACACUAUGUAAUAAGUUAAAUUUUGGAUUUCAUUUGUCAUCAGUUUUCUUAUUUUUGAUAAUUUAGAGGUAACUAAAGAAUCUGUAUUGAAGUCCGUGGUUGUUUAUCUGUAGUGUGACUCGAAAAAGGGAAUACCUUUUAUGAAUAAUAAAAGUCCAUUAUAUGGUUUGUUUAGUCUGUAGAAAUUUAUUGUAAGAUCCAUCUCUUAUUCUUUUACUUCCAUCACUGAGAUCCUCUCUGCAUUUUGGAAAACUAACAGGUCAGGGGAAGGUGGCUGUGGCUUGUAUGCAGCCCAUAGUGGCCUGUAACAUUGUCUUAAGGUAGCUGUUCGUAGAAGUGACAUACUGUGGCUUUCUCCAGAGAGCAUUUCCUAGUUUGAUUUUUGAUAGUGAGAAAAGCUUAGUUUGAAUUUCAGAUGCCUUAAAGAGGAGAAGAAAUGUGCUACUACAGAAGUAUUUUAUGGGGUUAGAAUUUAUGAAAACUCAAAAGAGGAACUCCUUAGGUGUUUGACAGAGGUAUGAUAUCUCAAUAUUUAAUUUGUUGUCAGUUGCAGGAGAAAUAAGGUUUCAUGUUAUAUAAACUGUCUAUUGAGACAGUGGCUUAAAUUUUUUUGUGCAGAAUUCCUCUUAAAACACGGUCUAACAAUUAGUGUAAGAAUUAAGUAGUUUAAACAUUUAUAUUCUUACUUCAGCAGUUCAGGGGUAUACUAGGUUAACCUGAGAUGUGAUACAAGACUUAGAUUAAUUUGUAUUAUCUUAAAUGUAGUGUGUGCAUAACAUAUUCUGGAUUUCCACUUCAGUAAAGCUGUAAAACUGUGAUGUCUACUGUAAUUAGUUUGUAUGAAAUACUGUGUGGCUGUUAUACAAGAAAAGAACUAUAACCAGUACUGUUCUUUACUCUGUUUCAUGAGAAAAUGGCAUAAGCAGUGAAGAGCUUUUGAAGAGUUUUGUGUGGUUUUUUUUUGGUUUGUAGAAUUUAAGUACUGUUAAUUAUUCACACAAUAAAGAUAUCUGAAGCGUAGGGAAGUUUCUGAAUAUUUCUGAAAUCUACUUUUGAAACAUUCAGAAUUGCAACACUCACCUAGGCUGACUGCUGCUCAAGAAGCAGUACUAACAGAUAAGUAUUAAUACUGGACAGCUGCUAGUUUGAAUUAGAAGAGUAGCCUGCUCAGCUAAAAUAAAGAGGAUGAGACAUUGUAAUUAAUUAGAAGUCUGGAGUGUUAAUCCUCUACCAUAUGUCUGACUAUAAUAGGGUCAGAGUUCCUUAUUUCACCAUUUAUGCGAUAAGCUAAUUUGUAUCAAGAGAGCUGUGCAUUUCUUUGCACUUGACAUUUUCUUCAGCUAUUGUACAGAAACGGAAUCAUCCCUGCUGACUGUUGUAAAAGUCAUGACAUUAUGUGAUAAGUAGUUCAAAUUACUGUAUCUUGCUUUAAAAAGAAUAAAUAUGGAAGUCUAAA